CAAGUACCGAAACAAACAUUGUCGCUCUCCUUUUGGCUUGUUCUUCGUUCCUCCUACAUAACCCCAAUUACUAUGCCCUCAGCUUCCGCUGUGUUGAAGCCUCUCCUUGGCACUCUCGCUGGUCUCGUCGCGACGUAUGCUGCCUUCAUCUGUCUCCUCACGAUCCCCUCGCUCCAAGAUCAUGUUAUAUACUUACAUCGCGUCACACUGACCUGGUUCCAAGACGUCAAUACUCCGGAGCAGUGGGGAUUUCUUCGAAAUCAGGUUACACCUUUUCACUUGACAACACCGGAUGGGGAGACCUUGCAUGCAUGGCAUGUCUUGCCAUUAGAGGCCUACCGCCAACACCAAGCCGAGCUUCGCAAAGAGCCAACGGGGCUAUGCUCAGAUGUUCAAGAGCGACUAUCUUUCAAAUUGCUCAGAGAUGAUCCUACUGCCCAGCUGGUACUCUAUUUUCAUGGCGCAGCAGGCACCCUGGGCUCAGGCUGGCGACCUCAAAGCUAUCGCGCGCUGUCGGCGGCGUCUCAAAAUGUCCACGUGCUUGUCGUUGACUAUCGUGGCUUUGGAACAAGUACGGGAUGGCCAUCAGAAACAGGCCUACUUACGGACGCUCUGACUUUGACUAAGUUCGCGCUGGAGACUGCAGGUAUGCCUCCAGAGAGAACGGUAAUAUUUGCGCAAUCUAUCGGCACAGGCGUUGCGCUGUCUCUCACACACCAUUUCGCGAUGCAGUCACCUCCCACACUCUUCGCUGGCACCGUGCUUGUGGCGCCAUUUGCCGACGUAGAAUCUUUGACCAGGACCUACAAAGUCGCUGGCACGGUUCCUCUGCUCUCACCAGUCGCCUUUUUCCCUUCGCUCCUAGAAUUACUCAAUCGCUUUAUAGUCACCAAGUUCCCAUCUAAGGACAAGCUAGCGGCAGUCAUCCAUCACCUAGACACUGUUAAGGUCAACGAUCGACACCGCAAAUACGACAUUACACUUAUCCAUGCCGAAGAUGACUAUGAUAUUCCAUGGAUCCAUUCGGACGUUUUGUUCUGGCAUGCAGUCAACGCAACGCUAGAGCCGCCAUCAUCCAUGCUAUUUGACCAAUUAGAGAGAAUCAAGGAAAAGAGGAAAACCCCACUUGGCGCUGGAGGUUGGGAGAUGGAAUGGAAAGGGAAGGGUGGCAUGAUACGAGAGCAAAUCGUCAAACAUGGGCUGCACGACCGUAUAAUGAGCUAUCCCGUCGUGAGCCUUGCUGUAUUGAGAGCCUUCCAUAGUCAAGAUCCGGAGUAGCGGUGUCGGACCUCAAUCAAGAAAUCGCCACUAUUUCCCACAAGGACCUUUCACGAGGAACCAAGAGGAUUUCCCAAGCGCAUACACCAUAGUUGAGCUACUGCUGCUUCUGUGAAAGUACUUUGAUUGCGGAGAUGUUUGUGAUUACACGGAGU